ACAUGUUGAAGAUCGUAUUCGUCGGGGCGUUUAGCGAAACUUUAUCAUUGACCGGUCGUAGGCUAUUACAGGGGUCUAAAUACUUUAAUGUAGCCGUGCUAUGCAUUUAAUUUAUCUCAAUGUUUAUUGUUUUGAGGGAUCUUUUUUGAUAUUUCGAUAAUAUAAAUAUUUGCAGCAAGAAAGAGAGAUAAGGACGGACCAACAGCGAACAAGAGAAAAGGGUCCAAGAUGCAGAUCGCUGUCCCGCUGUUUAGAACCCUGAUAACUUUGUUACUUUGCAGUCAAGGUGUGUUUGGCAGUGCGGAAUGUUCAUGUGGGCGAAAUCACUUCACUUGUGCCGUGAGCGCAUUUGGAGAGUGUACGUGUAUCCCGGCCCAGUGGCAGUGUGACGGCGACAACGAUUGUGGAGAUCAUAGUGAUGAAGAUGGAUGCAUGCUUCCCACCUGCUCUCCAUUGGACUUCCACUGUGACAACGGGAAAUGUAUCCGCCGCUCAUGGGUGUGUGACGGGGACAACGACUGUGAGGACGACUCAGAUGAACAGGACUGUCCUCCGAGAGAGUGUGAAGAGGAUGAGUUUCACUGCCAGAAUGGCUACUGCAUCCGCAGCCUGUGGCACUGUGACGGGGACAACGACUGUGGGGAUAACAGUGACGAGCAAUGUGACAUGCGUAAAUGUUCCGAUAAAGAGUUUCGCUGCACAGAUGGGAGCUGCAUUGCUGAACACUGGUACUGUGACGGAGACACUGACUGCAAGGACGGAUCAGACGAAGAAAACUGCCCAUCUGAUGUUAUGACGGCCACCUGUAGUGUUGAAGAGUUUCAGUGUGCCUACGGACGCUGUAUUCUGGACAUUUACCACUGCGACGGCGAUGACGACUGUGGAGACUGGUCCGAUGAGUCUGACUGCUCAUCUCAUCAGCCCUGUCGAUCUGUGGAGUUCAUGUGCAGCAGUGGGAUGUGCAUCAACGCUGGCUGGAGAUGUGAUGGGGAGUUUGAUUGUGACGACCAAUCCGAUGAGAAGAACUGCACCACCUCCAUGUGUACGGCAGAUCAGUUCCGCUGUGCAUCGGGUCGCUGUGUCAGGUUGUCAUGGAGAUGUGAUGGUGAGGAUGACUGCGCUGACAGCAGUGACGAAGAUGGCUGUGAGAAAACUGACACUCCUCCAUGUGCUCCAGACCAGUUUCUAUGUGGUAAUGGGCGUUGCAUUGGCCAGAGGAAGGUCUGUAACGAGCUCAGUGACUGCGGAGAUGGGACGGACGAACACCCUCACCAGGACUGCCGCCCACGGUCCAGUGAGGGAAACUGUAAUCUAAAUAACGGAGGCUGUUCUCAGAAGUGUCAGAUGGCCAGAGGUCUUGUCCAGUGUACCUGUCAUACAGGUUACCGACUAAUGGAGGAUGGCAGAGCCUGCCAAGAUGUGGAUGAGUGUGCAGAGGAGGGCUACUGCAGCCAGGGCUGUACCAACACAGAGGGUGGUUUCCAGUGCUGGUGCGUGCAGGGUUACGAGCUGAGGCCUGACAAGCGCAGCUGCAAGGCAUUGGGUCCUGAGCCGGUGCUCCUGUUCGCUAACCGUAUAGAUAUUCGCCAGGUGUUACCCCACCGUUCAGAGUACACACUCUUGCUCAACAACCUGGAGAAUGCCAUCGCUCUGGACUUUCACCAUAACCAGGAGCUUGUUUUUUGGUCUGAUGUCACUCUUGACCGCAUCAUGAAGGCCAACCUGAAUGGGAGCAAUGUCGAGGAAGUGGUUUCCACUGGUCUAGAGAGCCCAGGUGGUUUAGCAAUUGACUGGAUCCAUGAUAAGCUAUAUUGGACUGACUCAGGGACGUCCCGUAUUGAGGUGGCAAAUCUUGAUGGAACUCACCGCAAGGUCCUGCUAUGGCAGAACAUGGAGAAACCCAGAGCUAUUGCAUUGCAUCCUAUAGAAUGCAAGAUCUAUUGGACAGACUGGGGUAAUACUCCUCGUAUCGAGUAUGCCAACAUGGAUGGUUCCAACCGCCGCAUCAUCGCAGACACACACUUGUUCUGGCCCAAUGGGCUGACCAUCGACUAUGCCGGUCACCGAAUGUAUUGGGUGGACGCCAAGCAUCAUGUCAUUGAGAGAGCUGACCUCGAUGGACAAAACCGUAAGGCUGUCAUUAGCCAAGGAUUACCCCAUCCAUUUGCCAUCACGGUAUUUGAGGAUAGCUUGUACUGGACAGACUGGCACACCAAGAGCAUCAACAGUGCCAACAAGUUCACUGGCAAGAACCAGGAGAUCAUCAGAAACAAGUUGCACUUCCCAAUGGAUAUACACACACUACACCCGCAGAGACAGCCCGCAGGCGGGCGUAACCGAUGUGGGUCCAACAAUGGCGGCUGCAGCCACCUCUGUCUCCCUAGCAACAAGACUUACACCUGUGCUUGCCCCACAGGAUUUAAAAAGGUGAACCAGCAUAACUGUGCCCUGAGUCUUGACAAGUUCCUGCUUUUUGCCCGAAGGACGGACAUCCGACGAAUCAGCUUUGACACAGAGGACAUGUCAGAUGACGUCAUCCCACUGGCUGAUGUACGCAACGGUGUGGCACUGGACUGGAAUGCCGAGGAGGGUUUCAUCUAUUGGACCGAUGUCACCACUGACUCCAUCAACCGGGCCCAAUGGGAUGGUUCCAAGCAGGAGGUCAAUGCCACCCCCCAUUUUUUUUAUGCAGUUAUUUUGCAGAUGGUGGUGGACACCAGUUUGGAAAGUCCAGCUGGUUUGGCUAUUGACUGGGUGACCAACAAACUCUACUGGACUGACGCAGGUACAGAUCGUAUUGAGGUGUCUAAUGCCGAUGGUAGCGUACGAACAGUUCUGAUCUGGGAGAAUCUGGACCGACCUAGGGACAUUGUGGUUGAUCCAAUCGGAGGAUACAUGUACUGGACAGACUGGGGUGCCAGUCCCAAAAUAGAGCGAGCUGGGAUGGAUGCGUCCAGCCGUAUUGUCAUAAUCUCAUCCAACCUCACAUGGCCUAAUGGGCUGGCCAUCGACUACCAGACCCAACGCCUCUACUGGGCUGAUGCCGGGAUGAAGACCAUUGAGUUCAGCAACUUUGACGGAUCAGACAGACAGGUCUUGAUAGGUAGCCAUUUGCCCCAUCCCUUUGGACUGACACUGCAUGAGGACAAGCUCUAUUGGACAGACUGGCAGUCCAAGAGCAUCCAGAGUGCCGACAAAAUGACUGGUCUGGGAAGGCAGACGCUUGCAGAGAACCUGGAAAACCUAAUGGACAUUCACAUGUUCUACCGCCACCGCACGGCAGUGCGGACCCCCUGUGCUGUGGGUAAUGGGGGCUGCAGUCAUCUAUGUCUUUUGGCCCCUCCUCCUAAAGGCUUCAGCUGUGGCUGUCCCACUGGCAUCAACCUUCGGCUAGACGGAAAGACCUGUACACACGGUAUGAGCAGUUUCCUAAUCUUUGCACGCCGGACCGAUAUCAGGAUGGUCUCUCUGGACAUACCCUACUUUGCUGAUGUGGUGCUGGCUGUCAAUGAAUCCAUGAAAAACACUAUUGCCAUUGGGGUGGACCCCAAAGAGGGUAAAGUGUAUUGGUCAGAUAGCACUCUGAAGAAGGUGAGCAGAGCUAACAUCAAUGGGACGGCCCAUGAAGAGAUCCUCACUACAGGUCUGAUGACCACUGAUGGUCUGGCAGUGGAUGCAGUGGGUCGUAAAAUCUACUGGACUGAUACUGGAACUAAUCGGAUUGAGGUGGCCAACUUGGACGGCUCAAUGAGAAAGGUUUUGAUCUGGCAGAACUUGGACAGCCCCCGGGCCAUUGCCCUUUACCAUGAGAUGGGGUAUAUGUACUGGACAGACUGGGGAGAGCAUGCUAAACUUGAGCGAUCAGCAAUGGAUGGCUCAGAUCGUUUGGUUUUGAUAAGUAACAACCUAGGCUGGCCUAAUGGGCUGGCUGUCGACAUUGCUGGCUCACAGCUACUUUGGGCUGAUGCACACACUGAGCGCAUUGAGGCGGCUGACCUGAACGGGUUGAACCGUCACACCCUUGUUUCCCCGGUCCAGCACCCAUAUGGUUUGACCUUACUAGGACCACAUAUCUACUGGACCGACUGGCAGAGCCGCAGCAUCCAGCGGGCUGAUAAAACCACCGGCGCCAACACCAUCACCGUACGAGGCAACCUGCCUGGGCUCAUGGACAUACAAGCCGUGGACAGAGAGAAACCUCUGGGUUUCAAUAAGUGUGGUAAGAGGAACGGUGAUUGUAGCCACCUUUGUCUUCCUCGUCCCAAUGGCACUUCCUGCGCCUGUCCCACCGGCAUUCUCCUCAAGGGAGAUGCCAGGUCAUGUGAUAACUCCCCUGAGACAUACCUGCUCUUCUCCAACCGUGUCAGUGUGCGACGCAUCUCCUUGGACACAAAUGACCACACAGAUGUGCACGUGCCUGUGCCUGAGUUGCACAAUGUCAUCUCACUGGACUACGACAGUGUGGGGGGGAAGCUGUACUACACAGAUGUCAGCCUGGACGUUAUCAGACGAUCCAACCUGGAUGGUACAGGAAUGGAGACAGUGAUCAACCAGGGUCUGAAGACCACCGAUGGACUUGCUGUGGACUGGGUGGCCAGGAAUAUGUACUGGACGGACACAGGCCGCAACACCAUCGAGGUGGCCCGACUAGACGGAACCAGCCGAAAAGUACUGGUCAACAACAGCCUGGAUGAGCCCAGAGCAAUCGCUGUGUUUCCCAGCAAAGGGUACAUGUUCUGGACAGACUGGGGUCACAUCGCUAAGAUCGAGCGGGCUCACCUAGAUGGAUCAGACCGCAAAGUUCUGAUUAACACUGACCUGGGCUGGCCCAACGGACUUACACUGGACUAUGACACACGCAGGAUCUUCUGGGUGGAUGCUCACCUAGACCGCAUUGAGAGUUCUGACCUGAAUGGAAAGCUCCGUCAAAUCCUGAUCAGCCCAGUGUCCCACCCUUUCGCACUCACGCAGUUGAAGCCGGUGUCCUCCCCUCUAAUCCCUUUCUCCCGACUCUCGCAGCAAGACCGAUGGAUCUAUUGGACAGACUGGCAGACCAAGUCCAUCCAGCGUGUGGACAAACACACUGGCCGAAGCAGGGAGACAGUGUUGGCAAAUGUUGAAGGCCUCAUGGAUAUCAUCGUAGUCUCGCCACAUAGGCAGAGUGGCACCAACCACUGUGCGGUGAAUAAUGGAGGAUGUACUCAUCUGUGCUUUGCUAAGACAAAUAGCUUUGUGUGUGCCUGCCCUGAUGAACCAGAAAGCAGGCCCUGUUCCACCAUUUCAGGUUAUGUGCCCACCUCACCAGACAGAGUGAGCACCCGCAUUCCAGCCCCUAACAACAUACCGAAGGCCCCUACAGACACACCUCAACAAGGCUCACCAUUUGAUAACUGCACAGACAAGAACCUGAGUUUGGAGGGUUGUUUGCUGAGCAACGUAGUGACUGCUCCUCACGGGGAAGGGCUUCAUAUCAGUUAUGUGAUUGGAGGAGCAUUAACCAUUCUAGCCAUCCUGAUUCUCAUCAUCGCCUUCAUUAUUUACAGACAUAACAAGUCAAAGUUUACUGACCCUGGGGUAAGCAACCUGACCUACAGUAACCCUUCAUACAGAACGUCAACACAGGAGGUCAAGAUUGAGACCUCUCAAAAGCCACCUAUUUACAACCAGCUACGAUAUAAAAAAGAGGGAAGUGGGGAAGGCAGCUUCACCAAGGAGAAGAUUCGUAUUGUGGAAGGUGUUUGUCUCCUUUCCAGCGAGGAGUUGUACUGGGAAGACCUGAAGCAGCUUAAGCCAUCGCGGGGCGGUCUGCACGCGUGCAUGCGCACAGAUACAGUGUCCUUGCAGGCCAGCAGUGCCUCACUGGAUGAUGGUGAGACGGAGCAGCUGCUCCUAGAGGAGACGUCGGAGUGUUCAUCAAUAAACACACUGACACCGACAACUGCCACGCCCCAACGCCACCUCCAACACAGCCUACCUGACACAGGCUGGACCCCUGCACGCAAACCGUCCACCGAGAGCGCAGUGUGAGGGAUGCCUCUUGCUCUGCUGCCUUCCUCCUCCACAUUCCCUUUAGCUCCCCCUCAAAUUUAAACACUUAUACGCAGGUGAACACUUAUGUACAAUGUAAACAUACAACACAUAUGGUAUUUAUGUUGGUGGUGCAAAUGGUUCAGGCCACAGUGAGGUAUAGAAAACUGGACACACAGAGGGUAUACAAACACCCUCUACAGGCCAUAUACAUAUACAGUGCUGUGCCAUAGUCCAUAAGUAUUUGGACAGUGAGACAAGUUUCGUUGUUUUGGCUCUGCAUUCCAACACAUUCGAUUUGAAAUGAAACAAUGACUAAAAAGUUGAAAUGUAGACCCUGAACCCUGUCGUCAUAUUUAUUACUUUGUUGCAAAUCCUUUGCACUUUGGGUUGGUUGAUUGUUUUUCUAGGGCUGUUCAUCUUUAGUCCUUGUUUGUUCUGGGGCAUUUUGGCCUUUAGUUGCCACCAGCAAGUGAAGCUCAUGCACAACUGGAUUCAGGUUAGGUGACUAACUUAUACAGUACAUUCCACUUUUUGGCCCUGAGAAAGUCCUUAGUUGUUUUAGCAGUGUGUUUUAGGUCAUGGUCCUGCAGCGGGGUGAAGUGCCAUCCAAUGUUUUGAGGCAUUUGGUUGGAUCUGAACAGAUGUUUUUGUACAUUUCAGAAUUGAUCCUGCUGCUGUUAUCAGUUGUCACAUCAUUGAAAACAAAUCAGCCAGUUCCAGUGGUAGUCAUACAUGCCUAAUCCAUAAGAUAAGGUGGUAUGCUUUCCUCUUGCAUAACUCAGAUCCAUCGUCUCAUUUGUCUAUCAGAUUUUGUUCCAGAUCCCUACUAGUUUUUUAUGUACAUUUUACCAAACUCUAACCUGGCUGCUCUGUUCUUGAGGCUUACCAGUGGUUUGCAUUGUAUUGUGUUGUGACUGUUGUUUUUUUCUUCACAUUUGAAUGCAUUCUUCAGUCUCCCACCACAGUUCUCUUCUGGGGUCUACCAGGUAAUUUACUAUUGCUUACUUCAUCAGUGCAUUCUUGCUUGUUAACAAUGUACGACUCAAUUUCCCAUAAAAUUGGGAUGGUGUGUAGAAUACAAAUAAAAACAGAAUGCAGUGAUGUGCAAAUCAUUUAUUCCUAUAUUUAAUUGUAAAUUGU